AUGCUACGAGAUAUCAAAACCAGAAUCCGUAAGAUUACGGAGAGAAAAGAUGCUUAUACUCUCAAUAAGGAGCAAAUUUCAAGCUUCAACAACAUGAGCAAUCAAUGUUAUGAUCCUCGAUUGGAUGCUUUUUUCAUUGAGGAAGCUGAUCUUGUGGGCAUCGACCUUCCAAGGAGCACAUUGAUUGGAUGGCUAGUCAAUGGAGAUUUGAGACUCUCAACAAUUUCGGUGGUUGGGAUGGGUGGCCUUGGCAAGACUACUCUAGUAAAGAAAGUCUAUGAUAAUCAACAGGUGAAGAAAUGUUUUGAAACAUAUGCUUGGAUCAAUGUCUCUCAAUCGUUCAAAGCGGAGGAAUUGCUUCAAAGCAUGAUAAAACCAUUCUUCGAGGAGAAGAAAGAUCCAUCUCCCCAAGGAUUAGACGCGAUGAAACAGGUUGAGCUCAUCCAAGUUCUAAGGAGCUAUUUGCAGAACAAAAGGUAUGUACUUGUUCUUGAUGAUGUAUGGAGCACACAUGCUUGGAAUUUCAUAAGAAAUGCAUUGCCUGCUAGCAAUUAUAAUAGUAGGGUAAUGAUCACCACACGUAAAGAUCAUUUCGCAUCAUCUUCUUGCGUCGGACUCUCCGAUCGCAUCUACAAUCUUCAACCUCUGCCUCCAAGAGAGGCUUGGUCUCUAUUUUGCAAGAAGGCAUUCCAUUCGAACUACGAGAAUUGUUGCCCUCCUGGAUUGAAGAAGCUUUCUCAAAGCUUUGUAGAUAAAUGCCAAGGAUUCCUGCUUGUGAUUGUCACAUUGUGUAGUCUUCUGUCAAUCAAGGACAAGACGUAUGUUGAGUGGGAGAUGAUUCACCGAAGCCUUGGAUCGGAGUUUGAAAGUGAUGACAAUCUUAGAAGCAUGAUGAAAAUAUUAUUCCUCAGUUUCAAUGACUUGCCUUACUACCUGAAAUCAUGCUUCUUGUAG